GUACAUGGGGACUCAGCAGCGACCGGUAGCGACACAAGAUGGCGACCACCGGGAGCAAGACAUCUGCGUUUUGGUCAUUUUCCUCCCUCAGUAGCUUCCUUUCAAAACCAGCUGUAACAGUUCCGCGUAAUUUUCGCCUUUUGGAAGAACUAGAAGAAGGUCAGAAGGGAGCAAGUGAUGGGACAGUAAGUUGGGGACUUGAAGAUGAUGAAGAUAUGACACUCACAAGGUGGACAGGGAUGAUCGUUGGACCUACCAGAACCAUUUAUGAACACCGAAUAUACAGCCUUAAAAUAGACUGUGGACCUAGAUAUCCAGAGAUAGCUCCACAUGUUAGAUUUGUAUCGAAAAUAAAUAUGAAUGGAGUAAAUAAUUCCAAUGGAAUUGUGGAUCCGAAAAGCAUAUCAGUUCUAGCUAAAUGGCAGAAUUCAUAUAGUAUCAAAGCUGUCCUGACUGAGCUGCGGCGUCAAAUGAUGUGUAAAGAAAACGGGAAACUCGCUCAGCCCCCAGAAGGACAAAGUUUCAACAAUUAAUCUGGAAUAAUUCCUCCCUCAUUGAAGCUUACUUCAUUUCCACUGUACCGUAGUAUUUUUUUUCUAGGCGCAUCUUGUAGAUCUCAAAGUACUGGAAAAAGAAUAAUUCCCAUUAAAAAGCAAUUAAUCUUAAUACUGUAAAUGUAAGCCAAUACUAAUUGUUUUUGGACAAAAGUUGUAUGAUAACACAAAUAAUCUUGCGCGUAACCACUGUCCACAUAGUAGAAUCUUUGAUGUCAGGAAUUAUCUAUUGAAAUUAGUACUGUUGAGACCAGUGUGGCACAUUUAGCUAAAGCUGUGAAUAUGCACAUCACACAGACACUUGCUGCAGGUUUGCCCUUUAAAUUAUUGUCCCUUUGCAAUAGUAUUAAAGCUCAGGGCUAUUUAUUAGAGUCCAAACACAAAGGUUGGAAUGAUCAGUACAGUAUUGUUUUCUGGUCUCCAUCUGCCAAUGGGAUUUAUUUUUCUUUUCGAGCCAACUUUUCCUUUGUGCUGUCUCUAGUAAAUGCUGAACACGGCUGAUGUAUUUUGGACCACUAACCUUAGUUUGCUGUAUUGUGGAUGCAAGCUACGUGUAUAACUAUUUGGUGCGUCCGGAAAUUUUUUGACAUUCAUAUUUGUACAAAGCCACAUUUUAAAGCAGUGAAUAUCACCACAACUCUUAAACAGCCAUUGUUUCCAUUAAAGGCAUAUUUUGUUGAAAAAUGUUUAAGAUAUUAGAUGUAUGGAUAUAACAGUCUCAGAAAUUAAAGAAUUUAACAUAACUUAAUGGUAUCCUAUUGAUAGCCUUUUAUUGUGUCAACCUAAUUAUGAAAUAUUAAAAUUGUGCGUUAAGGGAUACAUGGAUUAUAUUUAAGCUAAAUGUAAAUGCAAUAGCUUAGAUUGAAUCAAAUUUACAUGGGCUUGUAAAAUGAAAGACAAAAAACAUCUUAAGUUCGUCAUUAAGAUUUUUCAUGCUUUAGUGAACUGAAUAGUGUCAUGUACUGCACUUAAGGCUAUUGUAAUAGAAAUAAGGCAUUUAAAAUAUAAUAUAUGUUUGGGUUAUUUGUAUCUUUUGAAAGUUUGUCUGCAAUAGUUGCAGAAUUUGAAUUGGUUUCUGUAAUUCUUACGAAAAGCAGUUUAAUAAGUUGAAGCAAUUGUUUUGAAUCUGGGGCUUCAACUAUAAGAUGAAACUCACUGUCCAUUACACAAUGUGGCUUGGUUUAUAUGAAAGCACAAUCUGGUUCUCCGAGCUUGAAUCCACACACAAGACUGCUUUGCUUAUGUAUUAAUUGAUAAUCAAGAGUAUGGAUAGAAAAUGUUGCAGUUGUCCAGUUAAGGGUGUACUACAAUUGGCCACCAAUUAUUCACGAGAUAUUUGAAUGAAAGAUUAUUGGUCCAUCAUAAUUUCCACAUCUGCUACUACCCCUAUCUCCAAACCCAACUUUUCUUGGUGCAAAUCCCACCCGUCUAAAUUUGAAUUGCAAGGUUAUUCUCAUUCUUUAUCUGCAAAAUUGACAAAUUACCUGUCAUCAAUGUCUGUAGACAUUUGCCAUUUAGGAAUACUAUCCCAGAUUCUAAGGCUUUCAGCACUCCACCUAGAAUGAUAUUUCUUCAGGGGAAAACAAGGCAAUGAUGUUGAUAACACCUUCCUCCUUUUAAUUCAGAGAUAAAAAUUGGGGAGCUGGUGUUGACUAUGAAACCCAUUGACAUUGCUUUAUCAUUUGAUAAAUAAUGCAUUUGUUCUACUGCCCCAUCCUAUCCUUGUCAAUUGCCUUUGGUAAUUAAAACUCAUUCGUGUGCACUCCUAUUACCGUUUAGGGUAGAAAAUCCCCAAAAUACACAACCCUCUGAAUGAGGAAUAUGUUAUCCUCACCUGAAUAUUAUUUAGGCAAGCUCUUAUUCUGGGAAUAUUAUCCCCAAUCUUAUUUUUUUUUAAUUGGGUAAAUCAGCUUCUCAGCAUUUACUUUGUCAAGCCUUAUAAAAUCAUGAAGUUGGCUGCUAUUGAGUUGGGAAAAGGUCAGCAUGCAUGUUUUGUAACUGUUUUCCUAAAGAUCAUUGUAUUUACUAUGGUUAAUACAUUUUCUGCCCAGUACCUAAGUAAAUAGAUAAAUCUGGAGGAGAAAGAGGAUCUUUAAAGUGUACCCAGCUACUGAGCUUGUCCCAAAAGUCUGCAAAAGUAAAUUGCAAUGUCGCUGAGUUAUUCCAGCAUUUUGUGUGAUCCUUCAAAGCAGGCUUAAGCUUUGGAACAGCAAGUGCUUUAUUUGCAUAGGGCAAAAGAAUGAGCAAUAAAAAGUGACAGGUGAAAAACA